ACACACAUAUACAUAUAUGAGUAUGCUUAUAUGUUAAUGCUGGUUGGCUUGUUGGUUAGGUAGACUGCUUUCAUGCAGAUUCCAGUUUCUGCAUUAUGCAAGAAGUAAGAGCUUUAUGUGCAGAAGAAGGCCACCUCUUUGCAGCUUCUCUGUGCUGUUUAGUUAAGGUUGCCUAGGAAGUUAAAGCAGCAGUUUCAAAUUUCUGAAAGCAAAUUCAUAGCAGCCAAGUCUUGGGGUACUAAGCAUCUCUAUGACUUCAAGUCUAUGACCCGACUGACAUUAGCAUAAUUGCCAGAUUUUGAUUCUGAUCAGAACUGAAAUCCAUGAAGCUUCAGUCCUCCAUUGUGGUGCUUACGUCCCUUUUCUUACUGCUCAUCACUCCCCUAAUGCUUGCUGACCUGAGUUCAGACAAACAAGCACUGCUUGACUUUGCUGCUGCUGUCCCCCAUGUCCGGAACCUGAACUGGACUGAAAGUGCCUCAAUAUGCAGCUCCUGGAUUGGAGUUACUUGUAAUGUGAAUAAGACGCGUGUGACAGGAAUCCGUCUGCCAGGAGUUGGACUCUAUGGAGACAUUCCUGCUAACACUAUAGGAAAGCUUGAUGCUCUUAGGGUCCUCAGCCUUCGAUCCAAUCACCUUAACGGACAUGUUCCUUCUGAUAUCCCCUCCAUUCCUGCCCUCCAAUACCUAUACCUCCAGCAUAAUAACUUCUCUGGCAUUUUCCCAGCCUUUCUUUCCCCACAACUCAUUGUAUUGGAUGUUUCCUUUAACUCCUUCUUUGGCAGCAUUUCACCGGGAAUUCAGAACCUGACAAAGCUUGUUGAAUUGUAUAUUCAAGACAAUUCCUUCUCUGGAGCCAUACCCAACAUUAGCCUCCCAAUGCUCAAGAUUGCUAACUUGAGCAAUAACAAAUUUAAUGGUUCCAUUCCACAUUUCUUCCAGAACUUCCCUACUUCUUCGUUUACAGGGAACUCUUUAUUAUGUGGGUUGCCUCUCAAGCCUUGCUCCAGAAUCUCCUCUUCGCCUUCUCCUUCCCCUGUUUACUUCCCAAUCCCAUCAGGAAAUUCUCAAAAUCAACAUGCCACUUCCAGGAAGAAACUUGGCACAACUUCUAUUAUCGCUAUAGCAAUUGGGGGAUCUGCGGUACUAUUUCUCCUACUCGUUGUGUUUUUCAUAUGCUGUUUGAAGAGGGAAGAUAGUGAAGGCAAUGGCAUGUUGAAAAGCAAGACUGUGAGUGAGAAGCCUAAGGAUUUUGGGAGUGGAGUUCAAGAAGCUGAGAAGAACAAACUGUGUUUCUUUGAAGGAUGUUCUUAUAACUUUGAUCUUGAAGAUUUGUUGAGGGCUUCAGCUGAGGUACUUGGAAAAGGGAGCUAUGGCACAGCCUAUAAGGCUGUUUUGGAUGACGGAACGACGGUGGUAGUGAAAAGGUUGAAGGAAGUUGUGGCUGGAAAAAAGGAAUUUGAGCAGCAGAUGGAGCUUAUAGGGAGGCUUGGACAGCAUCCGAACAUUAUCUCCUUGCGUGCUUAUUACUAUUCCAAGGAUGAAAAGCUUCUGGUAUACAAUUACAUGACUGCAGGGAGCUUGUUUUCAGUAUUGCAUGGGAAUAUAGGAGCAGGGACAACUCCACUGGACUGGGACUCGAGAGUGAAGAUCUCCCUUAGCGCUGCCAGAGGUAUCGCUCACAUUCAUUCUGAAGGUGGUGCUAAAUGCAUCCAUGGCAACAUCAAAUCUUCCAAUGUUCUUCUCGCCGAGGAACUCGAUGGUUGCAUCUCUGAUCUUGCCUUGACUCCACUAUUGAACUUUCCUUCAACCAUGUCUCGGACAAUAGGCUACCGUGCUCCUGAGGUUACCGAAGCACGAAAAAUCACCCACAAGUCUGAUGUUUACAGCUUUGGUGUGCUCCUUUUGGAAGUACUGACAGGGAAAGCCCCAAUACCAUCAUCAGGUGGGCAUGAGGAUGUGGUUGAUCUCCCUAGAUGGGUUCGAUCUGUUGUCCGGGAGGAAUGGACUGCUGAGGUCUUUGAUGUUGAGCUACUGAACUUCCAAAACUCUCAAGAGGAGAUGGUGGAGAUGCUUCAGGUUGCAUUGGCAUGUGUUUCGAAGGUGCCUGACAUGCGACCAAAAAUGGAUGAAGUUGUUAGAAUGAUGGAGGAAAUCCAACAAUCUGGAACAAAGAAUAGACAACAAUCAACCAAUGUCCAAAACUCAUGAUUGCAUUCCUUAUCUCAAGCAAAGCAUGGACACUCUACCUUAAAAUCAUUGUUGUAUUACGGUUGUUAGCAUAACAACCGAUGCUGCCUUCUGUUCAUUGUUUGAACAGAACACUUUUUAAGCUGUUAUUGAUUGAUUGCUAAGAAUAAAUCAGUCUACAAACUCA